AUGGCUCAGGUCUUAGCCGGAGGGGCAGAGUGGAAGCUUGGGCGUAUGGCGGAACCUAUGAGGGCUUCCUUUCUUCAAACGGUCCCCGACAGUCUUAAAGUCGGUGCGCGGGUCGAGGCGCUCGGACAAUUCACGGGAACCGUGAAGUUUGUCGGGACGACGCAGUUUGCAGCUGGUCCGUGGAUUGGUGUCGAGCUGGACACACCGGAUGGCAAGAAUGAUGGCACGAUUCAGGGUGAAAGGUACUUUGACUGCAAAGCUGGGCACGGUAUAUUUGCGCGGCCGGCUGCAGUCAGGUGGGAGCCGGCGCUGGAGGGGAUUGUGAGCUACCCUUGGAUUCCUGGAAAGUGGCAGGCCGUCGACAAGCUCAUUCAGGGCUCGGCAUCCGCUUCGGCCCUGGAGAUCAGCCCUAGCCACCGCCUAGCUACUCUCAGCCACACGGUGGGUCCUAGUGAGGUGCAGAAAGCCAAGCUCGAGCCUUAG